GAAGCGGGCGUCUCUAUGGUUUCCCCGGCCGGCUCGGUCGCGCACGCGCAGUAGCCGCUUCCUUCCUUUCCGGCUCUCCUUUUUCCGGCGGGGCUUGGACGGAGCAGUAGCUGCAGCAGCCAUGGCAAUCCGCUACCCGAUGGCCGUGGGCCUGAACAAGGGCCACAAGGUGACCAAGAAUGUGGUGAAGCCACGCCAGUGCCGACGCCGUGGGCGGCUGACCAAGCACACCAAGUUCGUCCGGGACAUGAUCCGGGAAGUGUGCGGCUUCGCCCCCUACGAGAGGCGCGCGAUGGAGCUUCUCAAGGUCUCCAAAGACAAGCGAGCUCUGAAGUUCAUCAAGAAAAGGGUGGGCACACACAUCCGAGCCAAGAGGAAGAGGGAGGAGCUGAGCAAUGUCCUGGCGGCCAUGAGGAAAGCAGCUGCCAAGAAGGACUAGCAGCUCCCUGUCCCCCCCCCUCAAGGAAAGCUCCCAAUAAACCUAUUUCAAAGAAAUAAA